GGCAGGUCAUUCUUGCCUUCUUGUCGCCAUGGCUAGCUACAAGCACUAUUGUACGUAGUAGAUCGCCACAUUUUAAUUUUCCUCUUGACAGUUGCCAGAAUCAGUCAGCUCUGCCUGCAGUGGUCUAUCUAUUUGGUGGUUUUGCAUCAUUCAAUCUAUCCCAAUUAUCACAUCAUGUUUUCCAGACGAACGCGACAUGGCUUGACAUUUUCUGUUGUGUUUGCAGCAAUGGCGUUGUCCUUAUCAAGCCAACAAGUGCAAGCAUCAGAGGAACAACAACAGCUGCGAAUGACACAACAAUCACAACAGCAAGAACAGGAGCAACGGCAAUUAGGAUCCGUGAUCAUAGUAGAUCCACAAGGGCAAGACAAGUACGAUCUGGAAAAAAGUUAUCCACAAUACGAAGCUCCGCAACAAGAAGAAUCACAACCGCUGCCGCAAGUACCCAACAAUAAUAAUGAAGAACUUCCAAGCGUUCGAAGUGGACCCCACCCAAGUAACGAAGAGAUCAACGUCAAGUACCAGCCAGAUGCAUCCAAGCGGCACGAGCUCUUUGUCAGUGAUCGGGUAGUGGGAGGAUUCGGGGUCGGUCCUCGCACGUGGUAUUCCAUGCUGCUCUACAAGGAUUCUGCCGGAUGGAAGUUUGCGGGAUGCGGUGCUACCUUGAUUACCAACUGUCACGUACUCACUGCAGCGCAUUGUGUCGAAGAUCGAAAUUUUGAUAUUGAAGGCAUCUACAACAACGCACACACUCCCUACGACGGAAAUUCCAAUCAUCCAUUUCAUUUUACCAGUGCACAGCGGAUCUUUGUCCCACAAGAGUACGACGAUUACACCAAUGUAAAUGAUAUUGCCGUCAUUCGAAUGAGCGAGUGCCUCAACCUGGCCGACUAUGCACCAGCCAUUCCCGCUUCGCCGUACAAUUCACACGUCUCCCAAGGCGAAAUGCUAGAGCUCUAUGGGUUUGGACGACUGGGGGAAAAUCUGGGACAGUCCGGGGACACCAAACAACUGCAAAUGGCACAACUACCCUACAUCCCCAACGAACAGUGCAAGAACUACUUUGGAAACAAGAUCCGAUAUGGAAUGUUUUGUGCUGGGUUUGGGCAAGGAGGUGUGGAUGCUUGUCAGGGAGAUUCGGGCUCGGGGCUGCUCCAGAGACCUACUAAUCCCAACGAUCCAUACAUUCUCACUGGGAUUGUAUCUUGGGGUGUCGGGUGUGCAAGACCAGGAUAUCCUGGCGUUUAUGCCAAAGUGUCAGACUUUUAUGAGUGGAUCAAGACCAACGUUUGCAAUGACCCAGAGUUGGAUCCGUCCAUUACCUGGUGUACAGACUCUCCUCCCGAGAAUACAUUGAUGCUACGUCAAAAUGAUUGCUCGCAAAAUGCUCCCUGUGGGUCUUGCGAAGGGGAAUGCAACAACGAUCAUGAGUGUGUGGGCAACUUGGAAUGUUUCAAGCGAAGCGGCAACACCCCCUUUGAUCUCAUUCCAGGUUGUGUAGGAACGGGGGUGGCAACCCGCAACUACUGUUAUGAUCCCAACUUGAGUCGCUUUGCAAAUACCUCUGCACAAGGGAGAGAAAACAAGCCGGGUGCCAACAACAUGCGUGGUUCAGCCACCAGGCGAGCACCCACAUCGGGGCAAAGACAAGAUACCCCUGCUAACACUUCCUCGCACAACAAGAACCUGCACCAAAACACUCAACAAACCAAAAGCAACAACAAUGGCCGGCGAAAACGUCAGAACGGAGGAAACAACUAAACGAGAACUACCCUCUAGCUCUCCACGCUACCUCAUUUUUGCUUCCAAUCUCCAGUCAGCUUCCAAUGUUGCACUGUAAUGGAUUAGGCACUUCCCAACUCAAUUAUGGCAUCCUUCUAUCACUAUAUCACUGUCAUCCGAGGUUGUAGGGUCCGUAUACUCUGACAACGCGGUACUGGAGGAAAAAGGACCUUUUGAGUGUUCAAUGUACUUUACUAUCCCAAUAAUCACAACAACUAUAAGUUUACUCAGACUGUAGGAAACGGUUUGGUUUAACUCAUCAUGAAACAACUCUAGCCCCAUCUCAUUGUGAGGAUUUCAUGCAGUCUUUCGAAUAGAGAAUCACGAUAGCGGGUGCUCUCUAUGUA